CAGCAAUAUAAAAGCAUCAAAAUUAAUUACUGGGGUGUGAAAGAUAAAAGGGUUUUUUCCCCUUUAAGAAACGUAAAUCAAAGCUGAAUAACCGCCAUGUCAAUGCGCAAACGAACCUUGCUGAAGGUCAUUGUUCUCGGUGAUAGCGGAGUGGGAAAGACGUCGUUGAUGAAUCAAUAUGUUCAUAUGAAGUUUACUCAACAAUAUAAAGCAACUAUUGGUGCUGAUUUUGUCACUACAGAACUCCAGAUUGACGACCAGGAUGUCACUCUUCAAAUAUGGGACACUGCAGGGCAGGAAAGGUUUCAAAGUCUUGGAGUUGCCUUCUAUAGAGGUGCAGAUUGUUGUGUGCUAGUUUAUGAUGUUAAUGUGAUGAAAUCAUUUGACAGCCUUGAUAAUUGGCAUGAGGAGUUCCUUAAACAGGCAAAUCCUACUGACCCCAGGACGUUUCCUUUUAUAUUGCUUGGAAACAAGAUAGAUGUAGAUGGCGGUAAUACUCGAGUGGUCUCUGAGAAGAAAGCAAAAGACUGGUGUGCUUCGAAAGAAAACAUACCUUACUUUGAAACAUCAGCAAAAGAAGAUAUCAACGUUGAUGUUGCAUUCCAUUGUAUUGCCAAAACUGCUCUUGUGAAUGAGCGCGAGCAGGACAUAUAUUUUCAGGGCAUCCCAGAUGCUGUCAACGAGACUGAGCAAAGAGGUGGCUGUGCAUGCUGAUUACGAGCCAAACUCGUCGUUUUAUUUUUGGUUGCUCAAUGCAUCCAUAUUUUCUGGUUCCUAUGAUUCUUAUCCAUUAUAUAUACAUAGAUUUGUAUUCUAAAAUCCCUUUAUCGAAGCAUUUUGUGAUACUACUUUUGUUUUUGGUAGAGAUGAAAGUAUAAGAACUAAAAUUUUGUAGAACCCCAGGUGAUUUUGCUUUUAGUUUUUGAUUAGGGUCAUAUGUUCAAAUUUUAGUAUAAGGUUAAGCUUUCAUGCAAGAAAUGAUGAUUGUUCAUGUUUUCAUUGGACUUCAAUAUAUUUAUCUGCAAUCCUGGAUUGCUGAGUAAUCUUGUCCCUAAUAUAUUCUUGAAAGCAUAAAUUCCUAAGUUUUGCUGAUAUUUUGGUACAUGAAAAUUGUUCUUCGACAUUUUUGCUAGCCCCCUGGUUUAAAGUUCAAACCUUAGCAUGUGCAGUUGAGCAAACAACUGUAUAAACCAAGGAACUCUUUAAAGAUUCACAAACCAUCGGUGUUUACCACAUUCAGAUUAUCGAUCUUUUUCAUGCACAAAGCUGACUUUGUUCUGGUUUAUUCAGCUGAAACUUCCAAAGCUCUGUGAAUGGAAGGAUAAUUUGCACAAGAAGGCAUGUUAGGAGGGGGAGUACGAAUGCUUGUUUC